ACAAAACUAAUUCACGCACGGCGACUCCUCUGUUCUUUUCUCAAUCUCUCGCGAACUCCACUCUUGCACCGCGCAGUGUCUUUCUCCUGCUUGGCUUGCCUCAACUCUGAGGUCCCCAAUGAAAGACGGCUCACCUCACGAGUUCGUGAAGGCCUACUCUGCUCACCUGUAGCGAUCUGGGAAGUCUCACAGGCCUAUAUAUUGAGAUUUGAUAAAUUCUUUAACUAGAGAGACACAAAGUAAGAAGAAAUGGCAAAUCAAGGAGCCAAGAAGUACAAGAAGAGAACACCCGCCACAUGGCAAAGCUCCUUCGCUUCAUCAUUGCCUGUAAUGUUAUAUAUGUUCUGGUGAGAAUGCUGAUCUUUCAUUCCACUAUCACCUGGAAACACUGGGUGGGUCUUGUUUUGACAUCUGUGGCAUAUGUGAUGCCCUAUCAACAACUCUCUGCAAUGGCAAAACCUACUUAUGCUGAUGAUGGCGAGCUUCUUGAUGGUGGAUUUGAUAUGAGUACUGGUGGAAUUUGUGGCUAUUUGCAUGAUGUAAUCUACAUCACAAGCUUUGUGCAAGUUAUGUCCAUCAUCUCGGGGAAAUUUUGGUACACGUUCCUAGUGAUACCGGGAUUUGCAGCAUACAAAUCAUUUGGUUUCAUUAGAGGAUUUCUUUCACAGGGUUCAGAGGGAGUUGUGGAUGAUGAGAAGACCCGCAGGAAGAGGGAAAAGAUGGAGAAGAAGGCCUCAAGAACCAAGUUUGUCAAGAGCAGAAAUAGAUAGACCUCGUCGACUAUUCCAAUAACAGGUUGAUCUGAACUUUAGACAGAUGUUGGACUUUACAGUAUCCAUACACCAAGAGGUUUGGUUCCCCAAUCCCCACUGUUUUAAAGGGAGAAGAACAACUUAUAUUAGUGUGAAAAAUGGUUUCAUCUCUCCCAGAUCGUGGAGCCAAGACGCCAUAAGAAACUAACGUUUCAUUGUACCAUAUUCUAACUAGGGAAUAUUUCUUAUGAUCUUAGAUCAACAAAACGAUGGGGAUCGAUAUUUUAUCGUCCGAUCUUACUGAUCUUUAUUGGACAUGGACUUAUGGGCUGGAUAAAAUAUCAUAGUUAUGAUUAAAAGAU